CUGCUUGCCCGAAGUCCGCCAGUGGGCCAAUCAGCUCCGCCAGGCCAUCUGUGAAGAUGCGGGCAAGCGUAUCCCGUUCGAGGCGUAUGUGCAGCCACCGACAGCCGCUGGCAGCGGGACUCCCGGCUUCCUGUCACACUGGGCGUUCCCCUCGGCAGAGGCGGAGUGCUUCACCGACAUCCUGUAUCUGGGCUGCCAUCCAGUGCAGAGUGCGCAGCGCAUCGAGCAGUACUUGCAGCACCUCUUGCGCAUGGGCGCUCCAGGCACCCCUGGCGGACGGGGUCAGCAGCACGGCAAGGGCCAGUCGCAGAAAGGAAGUCUUCGGCAGGGCCAGGCCCAAAGCAAAGUUGCCAAAAGUAAUUGCGUGCCUCGGGGAGGUCAUCAGGCAAAGGGUGGACACGCGGCCAGCUCAGGCAGCACUGCGUGCGCCAUGGAGUCUGAGGCAGAGGGCGCUUCCGCUUGGAGCUUCUGCCCAAGGGAGGUCGCGAUGGACUGGGGUGCCUUCGCAGGCAUGCAGCUGUACGUGGUUGCUGCAUCAUCUCCGCAGCUGCUUGACAUCUUUUCGCAGGAUGUUGCUGGACUCGCCCCACCCUCGGAGCUCGCUGACAGAAGUGAAUUGGACGGUCAGGCCGCUGCUGUCUUGCAGUACUACUUCAAUCCAGCGCAGCCGCAUGCUCGGCCUCCCCCGCACAUCAUUAUGCGCAGCAUGCUGCCAGCCACCUCCGAGGACGGCAUGAUCUGCAAAAAGCUCAAUGCAUUUCUUUGGUCACGAGUUUCACUCUGCAGGGAUGGCACCAUCCCAAGGCAUGAUUUGGUAUCGUUCCAAGUCGCUGAUCAGUCGGUCGGCGAGUGCCCUCGAUGCUGGCCUCCUGCGCAAGAUGCAAGGCAGCAGGCCUGCGGGGCUCUCACUCUGGAACUUACGUGGGUCUUCCACGAUCUGCGUCAGCUCCCAGGCAGAAGAUGGCCUCGCAGAGAUGAGCGAGCUCAUCAAGAGCAGCUUGAAGGACUGCGAGCACGCGGAGGUUAGCGAGCUCGAGCAGGAGGUCGACGUCCAGCGCAAGAUGCAUGACGCUUUCGAGAAGAUCUUGGACGGCCUGGAGCUCGCCGAGGCAGACAUGAACGAUCUGGAGCAUCGCGGCUUGCUCGAGCAUCAAAUCAAGCAGGUGGGAUUCAAGACCUGGCCAGGCGGGUCGAUGUCGGUGCCGACCAUGGGGGCGUGGCGGUGGGGUCUCGGAGGGCAGGUCCGCGUCUACGUCCAGCCCUCACUCUUGAUCCCAGCUCGGAAUCCAGAGGGCCUGAUCACAGGCUUGCACAACAAGCCCCAUCGAAAGAGGGGCAAUGAUGCUUCGAAGUACAUGUGGGUGAGCGUGCAGAAAUCGUUCAAGUUGCACACUGGCGGCUCGCCCUUGUUCUGCUGUUGGUAUGACUGGAGCCCAGCGAGCACGGUAGCGUUGAUUGAAGGCGGUCUGAAGGCAUACGUCUUCGCACACCUGGCAGGCCGCAUGAAGGUCAUCGGAGCCGUUGGUGGACAGUUUUGGCAAAGUCCGUCCGAGUUGCUUCAUGCUCUGGCUCGCUUCGAAGCUACACGUGUGGUGCUUUUCCCAGAUGCUGGAUCCACCCGGAACAAGUGUGUGAUCUUGGACUACUUCCGGACCUUUCGUCUGCUGCGCAGCUGGGGCUUCCAGGUUGGCGUGGCGUGGUGGGGCCAGCAUGACAAGCAGGGGGAUGCAGACGCAGACGACCUCCUGGUGGGCAUGCGGAUCGAGGAGUUCGAGGCCAGGAUGGUGGUCUUGAGCAUACAGGAUUUUUGGCACCAGGUCGAUGGGAAUCUACAGCACCAGUUGUUGCAUAGCCGUCAUUUCGAGGUUUUCUCUGCUGUUGGAAUUAGGUCCUCCUCUGCGCUUGCUAUCACUCCUCUGGUUUGAAGUGCGGCAUGUCGGGGCAAUGUCCUGUUGACCACAUGCGCCCGCUUCAAGGCGGCCUGAUCAGCUGGCUUGCGCCGGUCAUGACGAUGCAGGAUUUGGCCUUCCUUCUUUCUUGCUGUGCUUGGCACCCGACUUCGCAAUGCCGAGCUGGACAGCAGCACGCAGUGUGCACAGUGGUGAGACAAUCACCAGUCACGAUGAUCAAGUCUAAGCGGCUUCACUUAUCUCCGGAGUACUUGCAGUUGCAUGUCGUCAUGACUAGUGGCAGCUCCGAGGACGAACAGGCAAAGGAAGACUAAGCUCACGACUUCAGUUUUAGCCCGACGAUGUUUUGAGAUGCCUGUCCAACGCGCUGACAUUAGCCAGGCGUUUACGAAUCUUGAGAUCAUGAUGGAUGAUGGAUACCAGGCCGAACCCUACUUCUCUACAUCUCUCACCCUCUGACGUCAUAACGGCAAUUUUCGGUGUUGCAUUUAACGUCGGGAAUCUAGCCCAGGGCCACUGCUUUUGUCUUCUGGCAGGCAAUUCUUGCCCGUCUCCUUUCUCCUCCUCGUCCUUCUCCUUCUCCUUCCUCGCUCCCGUCUUCGUCUCCCUGUGGCUGCCCAUGAUUCUUAGGAGCGGACGAUUCCCGAGUAUGGCUUGGCGUCGGUGCUAUCGCAUAUCUCUUCAGUUUUGUUGUCGGUUGUUCCGUGGAGUAGCCCGGAUUCCCACCUUGAGGACGUGCGAGUUAAUUUGAUGCUUCGCCGCGAAAAAAA